AUGAAGAAAUGGCACGCUCUCGUCGUGGAGAACGCGGAGGAUCUUGCAGUAAUCGCGUCCUGCGAGAGCGCCAAGCCUCUUGAAGAAGCUCGAGCAGAAGUUAACUUCACUGCCGGCAUUAUCGAGUACUACGCGCACGAGAUCGUGCGCUCCAGCGGGUAUUUGGUGUCUCUGUCCGACGCGGACGAGAUGGUGCUGGUCAUGAAGGAGCCCGUCGGCGUGUGCGCCAUCAUGUGGCCUUGGAACUUUCCCUACGCGACGGUGGCCCGCAAUUUGGCGCCUUGUGUCGCGUCUGGCUGCGCUGCAGUCGUCAAGCCGUCGGGCAAGACGCCUCUGUCCAUGCUGGCGCUGGCGUCCCGGCGGGGCCACUCCGGCAUCGGCAAAGAACUGAGCGAGAAUCCCGACAUCCGCUUGGUCGCGUUCACGGGGUCGACGUCUGCCGGGAAGAAGCUCAUGGAGCAGGCCGCUUCCACUGUGAAGCACGUUGUGCUCGAGCUUGGGGGCAACGCGCCGUUCAUCGUGUUCGAGGACGCUGACAUGGAGAAGGCGCUGGACGGACUCAUGGCCGCCAAGUUCCGCAACAGCGGCCAGACGUGCGUGACCAGCAACCGCAUCUUCGUCCACUCGUCCAUCUACGACAAGUUCACGGCCAAACUGGUGCAGCGAGUGAAGAAGCUCAAGGUCGGUCUGCCGCUGGAGCGUGGAGUGAAGCUCGGACCGCUCAUUGGACCCGAGGCCGUCGAGAAAGUUGAGAACUUGGUUCGUGUCGGCGGUAAGCGCAGUGAUCUGGGCAAGAAUUUCUACGAGGCCACGGUCUUGACGGAUGUGAACGAGGAGACGCGCGUCUGCAGCGAGGAGAUUUUCGGCUCGGUAGUGCCGCUGUUCGUCUUCUCCAGCGAGGAGGAGGUGGUGCGCAAGGCGAACGACACAGAGGUUGGGCUGGCCAGAUACUUCUACACGCAGGACGUGUCGCGCAUCUUUCGUGUUGCUGGUAAACUGGAAACCGGCAUGGUUGCUGUGAACGCUGGUGUGGUUUCUAUUGUUCAGGCUCCGUUUGGUGGCGUUAAGGAGUCUGGGAUUGGUCGUGAAGGCUCGCCUGAAGGUUUGGAGGAGUACCUGGAGUCCAAGAUGGUGCAUCGGCGGACUGAAAACUGA